AUGAGAAUCGCGGAGAUCUCGUCGCCGCCGGAGCUUCGCUCAGGCCACAGUCAAGAUGCCGAACCUCACUCUCACAUACUUUCUCAAUUCGAAUCAUCAAUUAAACAGCUCGAACUCUUAACAUCCACUGCCUUAAUACCGGAAUCUCUAUCGUCCGACCUCCGAUUAAACCUGUCUCAGCUGAGUCAACUCGCUCCGUUCCCCAACUCAGUAAAUCUACACAUCUGGAAACUCAGCUAUCGUCUCUGGAAUGCUUGUGUCGAUCUCCACAACGCCUCCCUCACCGCCGGCAGGGAGACGUUGGAGGAGCUCCCGAAGCUCCGGCAGCUCUCGGCCGAUCUCCUUUACGUUGCUGUUAACGUCGUCGGGAUCCCCUCCCCUUCCUUCAAGUGCGCCUCCUUCUUCUACAAGACUGGUCUCGUUUGGCAUGAUAUCAGAAAGUUCGAUCUGGCGAACAAUUGCUUUGAAAAGGCGGCUGAUCUCAUGUCGAAAGUUGAAAUCGAUUCAGAAAAAGCAGAUAAUGACGAGCGGAAGCUAUUAUUGAAUCUCAAUUUAUCUCGUUCUCGAACUGCUUGGGAGAUUCCUGACAGGACUUUGGCAAUCACGUUACUCAAUCGGUCAAAAAAGGCGUUAUCUCGAAGUUCAGAAAAUUACAAGGUACUGGCAUCUCAGUAUUUGAUGUUUGGAAAAGAUAUUUUGGCAAAAAAUGAAGUUUCUGGAGUGAAUGAAGCGUUGAAAUUGAUGAAUGAAGCAUUCGAGUUGUCUGAAAAAGGAUUAAGGAUUGUCAAGAAAGCAGAGGAGACCUUAGCAUUGAAGGAACUGAGAACCAAAACGCUAAGAUUCAUGGCGGCUGCGCAUUUGCAGAGGGAUGAAUUUGAGAAUGUGCUCAAGUGUGUGAGAAUUUUGAGGGAUGGUGGUGGGGAUCAGCACCCUAGUUUAAGUGUUUUAGCAAUGAAGGCAUGGUUGGGGUUGGCAAGGUAUGGUGAAGCUGAGAAAGAGUUAAAAGGCAUGGUGGUGAAUAAGGGAAUUCCAGAGGUGGUUUGGGUAUCUGCAGUCGAGUCAUAUUUUCAGGCGGCUGGGGUGGCUGGAGCUGAGACUGUUAAGGGACUAUUUUUGGGGCUUUUAGAAAGGUGCCAUGUCAGUGCUAUCUCAGCUUUAAGAGUAGUAAAUAGGCUGGUUGGGGAUGGCGGAGGAAGUGGUGGGGAGGGCUCAAGGACAAGGGCUAAAGUGGUGGCUGAACUGGUGUCUGACGAUAGGGUGGUUGCACUUUUUGCUGGAGAAGAAGCGUCUAAAGAGAGAACAACAAUGCAUUCUCUUCUCUGGAACUGUGCUGCUGAACAUUUUCGAUCCAAGGAUUUUCAGACUAGUAGUGUGUUGUUUGAAAAAUCCAUGCUCUACGUCCCUUACAACAUAGAGAGUCGAGUACUGAGAGCGAAAGGAUUCAAAGUAUUGUGUCUCUGUCACCUAGGCCUCUCUCAACUAGACCAAGCUCAAGAAUACAUCAAUGAAGCUGAAAAGCUUGAACCGAGUAUUGCUUGCGUUUUCCUAAAGUUUAAAAUCUACCUGCAAAAAAAUGACCAUACCAGUGCAAUAAGUCAGGUGGAGGCCAUGUCAAGGUGCCUUGACUUUACUCCUGAUUUCCUCUCUCUUGCGGCACAUGAAGCCAUUGCUAGCCAGUCUCUUCCUGUCGCAGUUGCUUCUUUAUCUAAUCUGUUAAACUUCUACUCCUCUGGGAAAACUCUGCCAACCAAUGAAGUUGUAGUUUUCAGAACUCUAGUGACAUUACUUACUCAAGGCCCUGGCGAUGCUUCAGAAAUCCUAAAGUACAUCAACCGCGCUCUUGAGAGGGUAUCUAUGAUUGGAUCUGACUUCUUUUUUGGGAAAGGCGAGGUAGGGAGACGAGAAAUGAACUGGUUUGCUAUGAAUUCAUGGAAUCUUGGGCUGCACAUGGCGAAGGCAAAGCGUUUUGGGCUAUCUGCUCAAUUUUUUAGAUCAGCAUCAGACUUUUAUGCAACUAGUAUUGAUGGUGAGGAAGGAGAACACAGUGUAAUGGUUUGCAAAUCCUUGAUAUUGAGUGUGUCUGCCACUCUUGCUGAUGAGACGCAAACAAACAAACCGCUGCUAGAAAAUGAAGUUAAACAAGCCGUUGAACUGUCAGAAAGAGCCGGAAAGAUCUUACAAUCAACCCCGGCUGCUUUAUGGAAAGAUGACAGUGGUGAUGCCAGCAUAGACAACUUCAUUUUUAUGUACACCUGGAGUUCAUACGAUCUCUACGCAAGGCUAGGUGACAUGGGACAGAAGCAGCUCGUCCUGAUAAAAAGCUUUGCGAGUUCUAAAUCUUGCAAUCCACUGCAUCUCCUUCAAAUUGGUCUUGAUGCUGCACAAGGACCAAGAUCCAACCCUGAAGUGGCUACUUUCACUCUGAAUACUUGCCUCUCUGCUCUUCUCGCAUCACCGAGUCCUGAUUACCAAACUGUGGCCCAAAUUCUGAGGCAUUUAAUCAUGGUAAGUACUAUUUUUAAGGGUGAUGCAGAUGGUGAAGCAGUUCUUGGCAUUUACAAACAAGCAUUCAGGAUAAUGGUGGGUUUGAAAGAAGGGGAAUAUCCCUCUGAGGAAGCCAAAUGGCUCUCCACAACUGCCUGGAAUCGAGCAUCAAUUCCUCUGAGGUUGGGGAACAUUGAAGUGGCAAAGAAGUGGAUGAAUAUGGGAUUGGAGUUGGCAAAGAAGGUUACAAGUAUGCAGGCAUAUAGGUCAUGCAUGGAGGGUUUUGUUGCUAGCUGCGAAGACAAAUCUCAUGGAUGCGAAAAUAAUGAAAGCAGGCUAGUGGAAGUCACUUAG